AAUUUUACUCCAACAGAGAAAAGGGAAGAACAGUUUUCGCUACUACACAAACGGCAACACUCGUGCAGAGAAGUGCCAUUUACGUGACUCAACUCUUCCCUGCCACCUUCAUUCCACAACGCCAAAUAAUUCAAUUCAAAUGGGUUUUUCUUCUACUCUGCAACAGUACCUGUGAUCUUUACGCCACAGCACGUGCAGUUCCCCCUAUUCCCGCGCCAUUAAAGUGCUGGGGAAGAUAGUUAUAUAAAUAAAUAAACAAGAAACAAAAACCCAACCCUCUGCUUUUGCUUUCUCAAACCACUUUCAAUCAUUUAUUGCUCUUGUCGUCUUUACUCUCUGCCCCAAUCAUUCUCAUUUCCGCUCCCUCAAGCAAGAAAUCACUCGCUUCUAUUCAUCACCGCCACCAACCGGUGUGUGUUUGGAUUCUUGUAUAAUUCUUGGUUGGUGGCUCGGGGGCUGGAAAGUUCUUUCAGCUUUGAAUUGGAGAGAUGGCAGGGAGUAAGUACACUGUUUGAGGGCUUUCAGGUUUUGACUAAAGAGACUGAGACAAGAAAUGGGCAACAAGAUAAUCUUUUCGGCAAUUUUAGUGUAUGGUACGCUGUUCGUACUAGCAACAGCUGAACCUGUUGAUGAUAAGCGGGCUUUGCUUGAUUUCAUCGGUAACAUUUCUCACUCCCGGAAUCUGAACUGGGAUGAGAGAACUUCUGCUUGUAAUAGCUGGACUGGAGUCACUUGCAAUCAUGACAGAUCAAAAAUUAUAGCUGUUCGAUUGCCUGCUAUUGGAUUCAAAGGCCGCAUCCCUCCCAACACUCUUAGCCGCUUAGUGGCACUUCAGAUCUUGAGUCUGAGAUCUAAUGAUAUUAGCGGUCCUUUUCCGUCUGAUCUUUUGAAGCUUGGGAAUUUGACAGGUCUUUAUCUUCAGUUCAAUAAUUUUCAGGGUCCAUUGCCAUUGGACUUUUCGGUCUGGAAAAAUCUUUCAGUCUUGAACUUGUCGAAUAAUGAUUUUAAUGGGAGCAUCCCAUCUUCAAUUUCGAGUUUGACUCAUUUGACAGCUCUUGAUCUUGCUAAUAACUCACUUUCCGGUGAUGUUCCUGAUCUCAAUAUCCCGACUCUGCAACUAUUAGAUUUGUCCAACAAUAAUCUUACUGGGGUUGUGCCUCAAACUCUUGUUAGAUUUCCUAGUUCAGCCUUUUCAGGUAACAAUGUUACACUCCAAAAUUUGCCGCCUCCGGUUCUUUCGCCAACAGCCGUACCCAAGAAGCAUUCCUGGAAGUUUAGUGAACCUGCCAUUCUUGGAAUUGUUAUUGGUAGUUGUGCAGCGGCAUUCAUUUUGAUUGCCUUGCUAUUAAUUGUUACGUACAGAAAGAAGAAAGAUGAUAAGUCGAUCCCAGGUGCAUCACAGAAGAAAGAAAAAUUGACAAAGAGGAUGGCUUCUGAACACCAGGAUGAGAAUGGCAGGGUAAUAUUUUUUGAGGGAUGUAAUCUUGUAUUUGACCUUGAAGAUCUGUUGAGGGCUUCUGCGGAGGUUCUUGGGAAGGGGGCCUUCGGAACUACGUACAUAGCAGCACUAGAGGAUUCAACCACAGUUGCGGUAAAGAGAUUGAAGGAAGUUAUUGUUGGGAAAAAGGACUUUGAGCAGCAGAUGGAGGUUGUUGGGAAUAUCAGGCACGAGAAUGUGGCUCCGUUAAGGGCUUAUUACUAUUCCAAGGAUGAAAAGCUCAUGGUUUACGAUUAUUACAAUCAGGGGAGCAUGUCAGCUUUGCUCCAUGCAAAAAGAGGCGAGGAUCGGAUUCCUCUUAAUUGGGAAACACGAGUAAAGAUCGCAAUUGGUGCAGCAAAGGGCAUUGCUCACAUCCACUCACAAUGCGGUGGCAAGCUUGUGCAUGGAAACAUUAAGGCUUCAAAUAUUUUCCUCAACUCCCAACUACACGGCUGCGUCUCUGAUCUCGGGUUAGCAACACUGAUGAGUCCAAUUGCACCACCAGUUAUGCGUACAGCAGGUUAUCGUGCCCCUGAAAUCACAGACACCAGAAAGGUGUCUCAGCCAUCCGAUGUGUACAGCUUUGGAGUUCUCCUGCUUGAACUUCUAACCGGCAAGUCCCCUGUCCAUGCAUCGGGCGGUGAAGAGGUCAUCCACCUGGUAAGAUGGGUUCAUUCCGUCGUUCGUGAGGAAUGGACGGGUGAAGUAUUCGAUGUUGAGCUCUUGAGGUACCCUAACAUAGAGGAAGAAAUGGUGGCAAUGCUGCAAAUAGGGUUGAGCUGUGUGGCAAGAAUGCCGGAACAGAGGCCGAAAAUCGGUGAAGUGGUGAAAAUGCUGGAGGAGAUUAGAAGUUCAAAUACAGACAAUAGUCCAUCUGCUGGAACCAGAUCUCCAGGUUCAACUCCAGCAUUAACUCCAUAUGUGGGUGAGAUUGGACCGUCUUCAGUCCAUACUUAGAUUCUUGCUUACAAAAGUUAGUUCAAGAGUAGUUGUUUUUUCUUCCUAGUAUUUGUUUUUUCCUUUGUUAAAUGAUAAAUUUGUCCAGUUCUUACUAGGAAGCUACUGCUCACAUGGUCUGGUAAUGGUUUAGUUUUGUAUAAUGCAAUUUGCUUGAGGAAUUGGUGGGUUAGGAGAUUGUUAAACCUACCUGAUCCAUGCAAAGUCAAAAGUCAGGUUUGUUUAAUAAUUGCUGAAAUUCAUUUAUUAUGAUUCAAAAAAUGGA